CCCGGUCAUUAUUGCUGAUGAGCACCCCCGCCUCCGGGGUGCAUGUGGAGAAGCCGUCGGGUGAAACGCCGGCGGGGGCAGAGGAGUUGCUGCCUGAGGUCCUCCAAGUUUCGUUCCCGAGGGGGACAUCCCUGGCCAGCGGCGCUGUCAACCCGGGGGCCAUCUUGAGGGGCAUAACCCCUGAGACUGAUAGGUCUGCCCUCGGGGCCUAUAAUGAUGCGGCCCUCGAGGACCACAUUCUCCGCUCCUCCCUUUCUGCUUGUCUAGCCCUCGGUGAACAUGCCCGGAGGCUUCAAGAAUGGCGCCUCCAUAAAGCAGAGCAGAACGCCAAGAUGAAGGAAUGCAUCCUCAAAAAUAAAGAGGCGGUGAAGCUGGGGGCCAGGCUGGAAGAGGAGCUUCGGCAAAUGGAGCUGAGAUUGGAGGCCGCAGAGAAGGGCAAGGCUGAUGCUGAGGCCGCUGCUGAGGAGGCCAGGAGAGCUGCCAAAGAGGCCGAUGACUCCAAGGCGUUGGCCGUCGCCAAGGCUCGGGAGGAAGCCGUUGAUGCCUUCGUCGCCGAGGGCUGGAGGGCCGAGGGACGCAAGAUGUGGUUGUCCUCGGUCGUGGAGGCAUACGUCGAGGAAUGGGCCGAGGGCCCCGGGUGGGAAUGGAUGGCCCGGAAGGGCAGAGAAUAUUAUGAAGCCGGCGAAUUCUUCACCCAGGCCCUCAUCUACCGGAGGAUGGCUCGGCAUUUGGGCAUUGAGCAAAAGGAUUUCUCCCCCUCGGCAUAUGGCCUUCCUCCCC